AUGGGUUUGGAAGAUGAGAAGAAGGAAGGAGAAGCUUCAGGAGAGACAUCAGAGAAAGAAAUUGGGUUAAGCAGAAAGAACAGUCAGAGCUCUUUGUCUCCGACAGAGGAUGAUGAAGAUGAUGAAGACAAGAAGCUGGAAAUUGGUCCCAUGAUCGCUCUAAAAGAACAACUUGAGAAAGACAAGGAUGAUGAAAGCUUGAGGAGGUGGAAGGAACAACUUCUUGGCGUCGUGGAUUUGGAAGAUGUCGGAGAGACACCGGAUCCAGUAGUAAAGAUACUAGAUCUCACAAUAAGAUCACCGGACAGAGAGGAAAUGGUAUUGACAAUACCCGAAGAUGGUUUGCCGAACCCGAAAGGACCUUGGUUUACCAUAAAGGAAGGUUCUAAGUACACUCUUGUCUUCAACUUCCGUGUCACAAACAACAUUGUGUCAGGCCUUCGCUAUAACAACACCGUUUGGAAAACUGGCGUUAAGGUGGAUAGUGCAAAAACAAUGCUUGGUACGUUUAGUCCUCAAGCUGAGCCUUACCAACAUGUAAUGCCUGAAGAAACAACACCCUCUGGUAUGUUUGCUAGAGGAUCCUAUACCGCAAGAACUAAGUUCGUUGAUGACGAUAAUAAGUGUUACUUGGAGAUCAACUACACCUUCGACAUCCGCAAGAAUUGGCAAUGA